AUGGAUACAUCCAUACCUGAAGACAUCGCCCUGCAAGCCAAUCAAGAACCAAUCGCAACCGAGACCAACAUUCAGCCCGAGGAUGACGCCUUUGCCUCUACACAUCCCCCGAUUGAAGCAAUCCCAGACGGUGGCUACGGCUGGACCAUAGUCUUUGCCUGCGCCAUCCAGACAUUCUGGGUGAAUGCCUGGGUCGGAUCAUGGGGUAUAUACCAGAGCAACCUAUCACAAACCACGCUGCAGAAUGUAUCGGCUAGUACAUUGUCAUUUAUCGGUUCGCUUGGCCUUGCGUUGACUGUUGCCUUGACUCUGGUUGGGAUGCGUCUUUCGCGUAUGAUUGGGGUUCGAUGGGCGGCGUUGAUUGGAACGCUGCUUUUCGGGGCUAGUAAUAUCGUUGGUGGCAUUGCUGUGAAUAGCCUUGCAGGACUAUUCAUAUCUGGGACUCUGUAUGGUCUAGGAGGGUCAGUUAUGUAUACACUGUCGAAUAGCCUGCCGGUGCAAUGGUUCAGCACUAGGUUGGGCACGGCGAAUGGCCUUGUCAAACUCGGCGGCGCUAUUGGAGCCACAGUCAUGGCGAUUGUGGUCCAGCUACUCAUUGAAAGGGUUGGCAUCUCAUGGACAUUCUACGUCAUGGGAUUCAUGUCAUUGGCAACGGGUGUGCCUGCUGCAUUGCUCAUGAAGGAGCGAGGAUCGAGUCACUCCGAACCCUCGGUUGAUUUGUCGGCUUUCAAACGUCUGCCUUACUCCUACUUGUUUUUAGCAGGCGCAAUCGGUGUAUUCCCGCUUUAUGUGCCAGCAUUCUUCCUGCCUUAUAUCGCCUCAUCUAUAGGUCUGAGCGGCUCGACUGCAGCUGGUGUUGUGGCCUGUUUCAAUGCAUCCAUGGCUCUCGGACGUGUUGCGUCAGGCAUCGCAUGCGACAAGGCUGGUUCCACAAACAUGCUGCUCGCUGCAAUGGUGCUAAAUACAGUCACCACGUUUGCAAUCUGGCCGGUUUCAUCCACACUAACCCUACUUCUACUCUUUGGUGCAUUGAACGGUUUCGCAAAUGGUGCUUUUUUUGUUACCAUGCCCACAGCUAUCAGUCGAUUCUUGGGACCGGGUCAAGCGUCGGUUGGAAUUGGAAUGGCUGUCACGGGAUGGACUUUGGGUGACUUUCUGGGAGCUCCUAUUGCUGGGUUUCUGAUUCAGGCUACAGGGGCCACACAGGGCAAUGGAAUUGCGCCGUAUAAACCGGCUAUAUUCUAUGCUGCCGGGACUGUGGCUGUAUCGACUGUUUUUGCUCUUUUGGCGAGGUUGAAGAUGGAUCGUAAUCUGCUUCGGCGGAUUUAG